CUCAGCCUUUUGUCAGCUUUCAGUGCCACCCCCAUCUCCACCAUUAUUGGCAAAAUUCUUUUCCUCUUCCUCUAAUCUCUUUAAAAUUCCCCAUUCCGCUUUGGUCGAAAGAGAGGAAAGACGGCUGGGCAAAGCCCUCCGAUCCCGCCUACCAGUACUGGCUCUUCCCGACCCCUCCCCCGGCGCCCCCAGUGUCCGCCAUGGCCAAAGCCUACGACCACCUCUUCAAGUUGCUGCUGAUCGGGGACUCGGGGGUGGGCAAGACCUGCCUGAUCAUUCGCUUUGCAGAGGACAACUUCAACAGCACCUACAUCUCCACCAUCGGAAUUGAUUUCAAGAUUCGAACUGUGGAAAUAGAGGGGAAGAGAAUCAAGCUGCAAGUCUGGGACACAGCUGGCCAAGAACGGUUCAAGACCAUAACUACUGCCUAUUACCGAGGAGCCAUGGGCAUUAUCCUAGUAUAUGACAUCACAGAUGAGAAAUCCUUCGAGAACAUUCAGAACUGGAUGAAAAGCAUCAAAGAGAAUGCCUCUGCUGGAGUGGAGCGCCUCCUGCUGGGGAACAAGUGUGACAUGGAGGCCAAGAGGAAGGUGCAGAAAGAGAGGGCUGACAAGUUGGCUCAAGAGUACGGAAUCCGAUUUUUUGAGACAAGUGCCAAAUCCAGUAUGAAUGUGGAUGAGGCUUUCAGUUCCCUGGCCCGUGACAUCUUGCUCAAGUCAGGAGGCAGGAGAUCGGGAAACAACAGCAAGUCCUCAAGCCCUGACCUGAAAACGUCUGUCAAGAAGGACAGCAACAAGUGCUCCCUGGGCUGAGGAACAUUUCUCGCCUCAUCCUGAACCUGGAAGCUAGACCUGAGGGAGGUGGGCUUGAGGGGCCGUGGAAGGGAGGAACUGUGGCAGGACCUAGAGGGGCAGAUGCACGGGCGAUGAAGAGAGUGGGAGGAAGGGAAGGAAGAAAGGAAUAGGGAAAAGGAGGAGGAAGGAAUCAAGGACAUGGGAGGUGAAAAGGGUUUGCGAAGAAGAAAGGAAGCAGAAAGGAUCUCAGGUCUUAGACUGUCCUUGGACUUAAGGUCAAGUAUUAAUGUAAAUAUGUUGAUUUCUGUGUCACUGGUUCAGGUUUAGGGUCCUGAGAGCCUGGCUUAGCACUUCUCUGAAGGUUCCUCACCCUUCAUGGUCUUUGUUCGUAUUAAAGACCCCUGUUUGAUA